AAAUUAUUUCGCGAUGAUGACAAGGCGAAAAUGAUUGAUCAGGGAAAGCAUUUGAUACCAUGGAUGGGCGAUAACACGUUGAGGAUAGACAGGUGUUCUAUCUCUCUCUCUCUCGGCUGUGAAACGCGCAGUGUGUGGCAGCGCGAUUUACGCGCUCUGCACGCGGGUGCUCCGGUGAGACGUGACGCUUGUGGCUGGCCGUCUGUGCAGCAGCAAGGUGAGACACGGCGUUGAGAGACAAACGGGCAAGGCUGACGGUUGUAGGUAAUUUAUACGACCGCUCAGCACGGUAUGUAUUUGGCACAUUAGACUCGGCUUUGCCUCGGGGCAACGCGCAGGGCGUUGUUACUUUUACUCGCAAGCUUAUAUAGUUGUAUGGACUUUCAUGCUCUUCUCCACGUGCACAUGUAUGUUCAAAUUAAUCCGCAUCGACGAUAUACAACGUAUACAACGUGUAAAUGUAACAAGACAAAAUAUGUAUCUGUAAAUUUUUAAAUAAACGUAAUCGAAUGUAAUGCUGUAAUUUAGAAAUUAACGGUAACGAGAUAAUUGUUACUUAAAAUGGUUAUAUAUAUAUAUAUGUAAAAUACUUGUCGAUGUUAUCGCGGUAUGUUGAUAUUUUGAUGAAAAAGCAAGAACAGGUAGAAACGUUACUCGAGGCAUCCUCUAUUUAGCUCUGUUCUAUUUCAGAAAAAUCGCUCUGUGUGGUGGGACUUACUUCUUGAUUUAAUAUUUCCAGAUGCCGUGGCCAACUUGUACAUCAAAACACUUAAAACGAUAUCGUCUUCCUUCUCUAACGGUUGUAUUGUAUGUGUAUAGAUACGAUGGACGAGGGGCUCUGGCUGACUUACGGAUUCACGAGCCACCAUCGGGUGGUUUCGAUCAGCGGACGAUACUUACCGAGGAAGAACUGAAAGUAGAGCAACUCUGUGACGAGGAGCGGUAUCGGUCCCUUUACAACAACGACGCGGAGGAGUCCAUGAAUCAUGAAGAGGAGAUAAAGAGGUUGCAUCAAGCACUGGACUCCGAAUCUUCGUACAAUCAAGUGGGAUAUAAUUACAACGAAGAUGAAAAUGGUCAUAAAGCUUCCGGCGAAGAGUCUCAGAGUCCGAAACAAUCGGAGGGCUCUCAAGAGGAAGAUCAGGCAUUCGUGGCACCUCCCGAACUGGAACCAUUUCCCGAGGGAAUGGUCCUGCCGGAAACGCAGAAACUGAAUGCCAUUAUAAUGAAAACGGCGCUGUUUAUAAGUCAACACGGAAGCCAGUUGGAAAUCUUGAUAAAGACGAAACAGGCAAACAAUCCGCAGUUUGCGUUCCUAUCGAUAGACGAGCCGCUCCAUCAGUAUUACAAAUAUGUCCUCGAUGCUAUCAAGAGUGGAAAAUAUAACCCCGAAAAGCAACCUGAGAAAGAAGAAUCCGAACCUGAGGAAGAGUCUGACCAAGAUGACGAACCGUACCUGCAUCCAAGUCUCGCGUCGUCGCUUACCAAGAUCGAAGCGGCACCUAGUAUACCAAGUAUACAAUAUAAGCCGUCGGCGGAUUGCGCGUACUCCAUGCUCGUGAACAAGAUCACAGGGAAACCACCACCGUCCAAGGUACCGCAAGCGUUAGACCCGACGAUCCAGGCAAUGCCGUCCGCUGGAUACUAUCACCCAGUGCCACCACAGAGUUAUCCUCCUUAUCCUACGCCCAUGCAGUACUCACAUGGUCCAGUUAUAUACGGGUCAAAUGGACAAAUGCAAUCCCCCUCGCAACUCGUCAUGCCAACCAUGCUAAACGAUACGGCCACGACACAAACCGUAUCGUCCAAGGAGACACCUACGCCGUUGGUACCGUACGGGAUACCUGCCCAAAAACCAUUGAGCAGGCCAUCUUUUAUCGUGCCACCAGCGGAAGUUCAGGUCAUCAUCGACAAGAUGGCAAGUUACGUGGCGAAGAAUGGACGCGAUUUUGAGACAAUUGUCAAGAACAAGGGGGAUUCUAGAUUCAAUUUCUUGGAGUUGUCGCAUCAGUACCAUGGUUACUACGCGCACAAGCUGACGGUGUACGAGGGUGCGAUAAAUCCGAAGGUGUUGACAGAAGAACAGUUAUUGCAGAAGCAGGAACCGCAGGAAGAGAAGCAGAAAAAACUGGAGGAACUGCAGAAGAAGCAACAACGAAUGGAGGAGGUGCAGAAGCGAGUGAGAAUGAUACAGGCGAAGAAGAAGAACGGCGGCGACACGAAGGUGAAGCAGAGCACGGGAUCGGCGAAACAGAUCACCACUGUAUCAUUCUCCAUCAAAAAACCAAAAGAUGGAGAGAGCCCAGUAAUCGAGAAGAGGAAUGCUUUACCGUUGGAAGAGAGCGACGAAGAGAUGGAGAGUGACAAAAAGGAUGCUAAUUCCAAGCCCGGUUCGCCCGAAGAUAGCACAGCCGAUCCGAAUUUCUCGAUUGCCAUUGGGGACAAAGACCCACCGAAAUCGGAGAAGAAACCGAAGAGCGAUGACAAAGAGUUGGUGGAUUUGACGGACGAUAUACUCGAGGAUUGUCAAAAAGAGAUCAGGCAUAAACAGGCGCAGGAGGACAGGAUCAAGGAUAAGCUGGCAGCGGCCGCGCGGGAUAAAUUACUUUCCAGGGAACGACAGUUGCAGCUCGAGAGAAAAAAGAGAGCUGCUAUAUUUCUCAGCCAUAUCCAAACGCCAGCACUCAAGACCGGUUCUACCACGGUGAAUCCAAAUUCCCGAAAGGACGAUUCGGACGAGAUACACUCGCUGCCGUCGCCGUCCCUCGAGGAUAAUAAAGACAAAUCUUCGCAAGAUACGAAGAUGUGCGGUAAUUCUCUGAUGGAUCGAUUGAAAGGCGCGGACCUGAGCGGCAAGAGAUCGCGACAACGUUCCAGAAGUCGGAGCGGAAGUCGCACGGACAGGCACAAACUGCACAAAAAGCACAAGAAAAAGAAAAGUUCUCAUCGAAGUAAUUACGACAGCUCGAGUUCCUCCCGCUCGCACAGAUCCAAGAAGAGCAAGAAAUCAUCCUCGCGGCACAGAUCCCGUUCGCGCAGUCCCUCGCACAGACACCGACACAAUUCACGACGGCGGGAAAGCAAUACGAGCCACUCGGACUCCAGCUCGCCUUGAUGUCUCCUCGCUUUAUUUAAAUAAGAUUACAUCAAGAAAUGUUGUAUAUAUACACACAUGCUAUUACAGAUAACGUAUAUUAUAAUCGCGUAUUGUGACAAAUUUGAUACACCUUUUGUCAUCAAGAAACAUGAAGAAUUUACUCUUUAAUUUUUCAA